AUGGGUGGGAUUUGGAUUUGGGAUUGGGAUGGGAUUUUGGCAAAUGGGAGGGGAUUUUGGCAAAAGGGAUGGGAUAUGGGAUGGGAUGGGAUAGGGGAUUCUCCCAUCCCAUUUAAUAUGGGUGGCAAGUAUAACCGACAUUUAAACGUACUUACUGCGUCAGACUAUCGUAACAUAAUGAAAAUUGCCCUUUUUGAAUUAAAUGAAAUUUUUGAAGGGAACGAAAUAACCUGUAAAGAACUUUGCAAACUUUACGCAAAGUUUAGUAAGAUGUACAUAAUGAGCAGAAAAGAAAUGUACACUGAAGAAGAUCUGAAAAUUUUUGAAUCAGCAAUUAUUGAUUGGUGCAUUGAUUUCAAAAAGAUCUUCUCUCCAUUAUCCACUACUGACUGCAAUUUUCCGAAGUUACACAGUUGGCGGUAUCACGCAGUGCCUGCUAUUAGAAAAUAUGGUGCAUUGAAUGGGUUGUCAACGGAAACGUACGAAACCCUCCACAAAUCAUAUGUCAAAACCCCAUAUCGGUUAUCAAACAGAAAAGACGUAAUGAGACAAUUGGUGAACGCUGUUAGUUGAAUCCGACAUGACUGAAAUCAAUUUCUUUGAAAUAUACAUACAUUUAAUAAUAUUUUUUAUAGGUAAAACACAAAGAAUUGACAUCUUCUGCUAAAAAAGUUAUUCAUCGUAAAGCCAAAGGAUUUG